GGACCGCGCGACCGGUGCACGUCUGUAGCGGGCGCAGGGGCAGCUGGGAAGAUGGCUGCCUGGGUACCUUGUCGGAAGUGGGGCUGGGCGGCUGUGUCCUUCGGCCGGCACCGAGGCCUGAUCGCGUCACUUGCUCGGAAGCCCCCACGGGCAUGGUGGCUCUCAGCUUGCAGACAAAAGACAACGCUCUCUUUCCUUAAACGACCAGAACUUCCAAGCCUGGCUUAUAAGAGGUUAAAGGGCAAAACCCCAGGAAUUAUCUUCAUCCCUGGUUAUCUUUCUAACAUGAAUGGUAAAAAGGCAGUAGCGAUUGAGGAGUUUUGCAAAUCUAUAGGUCACGCCUUUAUAAGGUUUGACUACUCUGGGGUUGGAAGUUCAGAUGGUAACUUAGCAGAGUGCUCAGUGGGGAAGUGGAGAAAGGAUGUUCUUUCCAUCCUUGAUGAUAUAGCCGAAGGACCACAGAUACUGGUUGGAUCCAGCCUUGGUGGAUGGCUCAUGCUGCAUGCUGCAAUCGCACGGCCAGAGAAGGUCAUAGCUCUUAUUGGGAUAGCUUCUGCUACAGAUGGCGUGGUGACACAGUUUCACUCACUUCCUGUUGAGAUGCAAAAGGAAAUAGAAAUGAAAGGUGAAUGGUCCUUGCCAUCAAAAUACAACAAAGAAGGCUAUUACAGCAUUCCUUACAGUUUCAUUAAAGAGGCAGCACAUCACUGCUUGUUACACAGCCCCAUUCCUGUGACCUGCCCGGUACGGUUGCUCCACGGCAUGAAGGACGAAAUAGUUCCUUGGCACAGAUCCCUGCAGGUUGCCGACCGAGUAGUCAGCCCAGAUGUGGAUGUCAUCCUCCGGAAGCACAGUGAUCACAGGAUGAAGGAGACAGCAGAUAUCCAUCUGCUUAUCUGUACUAUUGAUGACUUGAUUGACAAGCUUUCAACUGUGACUCUCUAGAACCGCACUUGUGCUUGGUGUGCACUCUAGUGCGUCCAGAAGAUUGAAAGGAUGGUAGUAAAUCAAAGACCCGGGUACUUCAGGGUUUCCCCUUCUAGUAUGUAAAUAUCCGAUACGUAUUUAUUUAAUGAUGUGUUUGCACAAGUACACAAAUUGGGAGAAAAAUAUUAGCUGCUGUUUGGAAAUUUUUGUCCUCCUUUGAUAUUUUUCCCAUUAAAAUAGUACCUAUUUUUUUUUAUUAAAGAGAUGUUUACCUUUCUUAUGUACACUUUAGCUGUGCCAGCUCUCAAUUGUGUUCCUUUCUUCUACAAUAAAGCUUGAAUAGUUUGGGUUUUGUCUGGUACCAUUAUAUAUGGAGGUUUGUAAAAUUCUGCUUUUAAAAUACAAUUCAGAAAAUAGAGGAGGAUGUUUAUUCAAGUAAUAUGAAAUGAUUAUUGAAAUGUCUGAAGCAUGAUAAAGUUGGGAAAAUGAGAGUGCCAUGCUAUAUUUAAAACUAAAAUUACUGUUUAAUUAUCUUAAAGGUUAAGUUUUAUUGUGAUGUAAAAGAUACUUUUAAAUUUUAAAUUGUCAUUCUUAUGGGAGUCUUCCAGAAUUUUUAAUUUUUUUAAGUUUAUAUGUAAAAUAAUAGGUAAUAUAAUUUCCAACACUUCUUUCAUUUUAUCGUUGGACCUCACUUACACAUAUCCUCUGCUGUGUCUCUCACUCUCUGCUUCCCCCACACCCUUUUUCCCCCCUAGUCCCCUUCUGCUUUCAUGCUAUGUCUCUGUAUGAAAAAACAUAGCUCCUAUUUCCUUUCCCCACCGCUGCCCUUUCAUGCUCCCUAACAUCCUUUAGAGCCUUCUCUGCAGUCUACUUUCUCCAGCCAUGCAAUAUGUGUAUUUAAGUCUAUAUUCUACAUAUGAGAGAAAACACUUUCCAUAUCCAAUCGGUUUCUCUUUACAGCAUCUCAGUUCCACCAUUUUCCUGCAAACAUGCCUUCUAGUUAAAUGGUAUUCAUGUAAUGGUGCAGUAAUUUUAUAUAAUGAUUGGUUAGACUAAAGAGAGAUAUGAUCUUUCUGCAUUAACCCUGCUUUGGGGAAUACGAUUAGAGUGGCUUAAGUGCAAGUAGUUGGGUGGAUACCACUUUAGUCUGAGUGGCAGAAGGGUAGAGUCAGUAAGGAAACAUGAAAUGCUAGUAUAAGGCAUGGCAUCUAAUAACUACUGAGGUAUUAAUGUAUAUUAGCCUUUAUAUUAAAUUGUAGUUUGUUCUUUAGUUAUUAAUUUUGGCUAGACGUUAGCCUUCGUGGGUUAUAUCUGUCUAUGUUAAGGUGACAAGAUAACUCAUAAAAUGAGCAUGUGUCGAAGACUUAAUUGAUGUCAUAAAUGAGAGUCAGCAGACAAUAAACCUGGUUGAAAGGACAGUUUAAGAAACAUAGUAUUUAUAGCCCAUGAAGAAAAGGGUGAUAAAAUUUCUGUGCAGGAAAGUGUUGCAGUUGGAUGGCAGAUCAUCCUGAGAAACAUUCCUUAUGACUUGGCUUUUGUCUGUCUGGGAACUUGGAUUUCAGGGACUCCCACUAUGGCCAGAAAUGAGACUAGUAACUCACUGUGCGUAGUCAACUCUGCAAACACUGGUUUAUGCUUAACCUGGCUUUCUUCCCUGGUGCCCAGAAUGUUGAUAUAUGUGGAUCAGAGAUUACCUCUGAAUAGUCCAGUAAAACCCCUUGGCGCCGCCUCUUAACAAGCUUUCUUGUGGAUGCUAUCACAUGAGCUAUUAGAGCUCUUUGCUGGAGACCCAGUUUCGCCUGUGUGACUCCAGUGUGGAUUCUUGGAAGCUUACCCCCAGUUUCCCUGGGCUUCACCCCAUGUGCCUUUUUCCUUUGCUCAUUCUGCUUUGGAUCUGUUCACUCUAAUAAAUCAGUAGUGAAAGAACUG